AAUCGCUGGCGGUGUGUGCACCGCAAAAGUAGACUGAUUAGUCCCAAAAUUACUUUGAACUUUGAAGAGAGUGGUUUCUAAUGGCGUCAAUGGCUGUCUGUUAUUCCUUAGCUACAUUAUCUUCUACGAAACCUUUGCUAUCUCACAAAAAGACCACCUCCAUGGCCAACCUCAAAUCCCAUGGAAGGAACUUACAAUCUUCACUAGUGGGUGAAAAACUAGCCAUUAGCAAAACAACGAGACCAUUGAGCAGCAGGAGGCUUGGAACAUCUAGUUCUGAGGUCAAUUGCUCAACUUCUGCUUCCCCUCUUCCUUCGGCUCUUCUCUUCGACUGCGAUGGCGUGCUUGUCGAUACAGAGAAGGAUGGCCACCGCGUUUCUUAUAAUGAAACUUUCAAAGAGAAAGAAUUGGGUGUUACUUGGGAUGUAGAUUUGUACGCAGAGUUGCUCAAGAUUGGAGGUGGAAAAGAAAGGAUGACAGCCUAUUUUAACAAGACGGGUUGGCCCAAAAAUGCUCCGAAGAGUGAAGAAGAAAGAAAGGCAUUUGUAGCUUCACUUCACAAGAGAAAGACAGAGUUGUUUGCGGCCCUUAUUGAGAAAAGGCUGCUGCCACUUCGGCCAGGAGUUGUAAAGCUGAUAGAUCAGGCUCUAGCAGAAGGAGUUAAAGUUGCUGUGUGCAGCACUUCCGUCGAGAAGGCGGUCUCCGCAAUAGCUACAUUCUUGCUGGGACCAGAACGGGCAGAAAAAAUCAAGAUAUUUGCAGGUGAUGUGGUUGCCCAGAAGAAGCCUGAUCCAGCCAUCUAUGUAUUGGCGGCUAACACUCUUGGUGUUGAUCCUUCAAGUUGUGUUGUGAUAGAAGACAGCGGCAUAGGCCUUGCAGCUGCCAAAGCGGCUGGAAUGAAGUGUAUAGUAACUAAGAGCGGAUACACAGCCAAUCAAGAAUUUCCGACUGCAGAUGCAGUCUUCGACUUCAUUGGAGAUCCCCCGGAGGAGCAAUUCGACUUGGCAUUUUGCGGAAGCCUUCUCAAGCAGUGAGCUAGAUCAGUUUCAGUAAUUAUCUGUUCCAUCUAAAAUUCGUUGGAUAGUGAUUAAGGUUUCAGCAAAGAUAAUAAAAAAAAUUGCCGGUGCAUUUUGUAGUAGUCUUGAUGUAUAUUAAAGUGCAAAUUAGCAAUUCUCAAGCGACAAAGUUUUCAUUUGUAAAUCUCUGGAUGAAGUAUUAUAAGGAGCUUCCAUUGCUAAGGCAAGCUUUUGGAAUGAUCUUAAGCUACGAAUUCUUUCAGUUGGAUCUAGUCCAAUGUUAAUU